AUGGGUUGCUGUAAUUCUCAGCCUGUGGAUCCACCAGUAAGCAAAGGUAAUCAAGGGAGACUUCGAGCUGACUCCUCAAACAUUAGUAAAGGAAAUUUCGUCAGAACUACUAAAGGUUUGGUUAGAGACCAUUUCGAAAUUUUGAAAACCAUUGGAAGUGGAGGAUUCGGAACGGUUUUCAAAGUAAUCGACAAGAGAACUGGUCUUGAACGCGCAAUUAAAGAAAUACCAAAGUCCAAACUAGGCCCUAGCUCUGAAAAGCAAAUGCUUUUGGAAGUAGAGCUCCUUAAAGAGAUGGUAAAAAAUAAUUAGGACCAUCCCAAUAUUUUGAAACUUUUCGAAGUAAUUGAGUCAGAUUUAUGCUACUAUAUUGUUUCAGAGCUCCUGACUGGUGGCGAACUCUUUGAUAAGGUGUUAAAAGACAUGAGAUUUAGUGAAAAAAUAGCUGCGAAGUAUAUUCAUGAUAUCGUUACAGCAAUUAACUACUGCCAUCAAAAGAAUAUUGUCCAUAGAGAUUUAAAGCCAGAAAACCUUCUACUUCUGAACACAACAACCCGGCUCCAUGUCAAAUGACAGUGGAUUUUUUUGACAGUGUCAUUUCAUCGAAAUGCAUUUGGUUGAAAAUAAACGUUUUUAUUCAGUCAAAUGUCUCACUGUCAAAAAGUUUCAAGCAAUUUUUGGCCAAAAAUACUUCGGUGAAAUGGACAUUAUCAAAAAGGCAAUGUCAUUGGACCUGCACCCCAAACAACCCAAAUGCCCCAUUAAAAGUUAUUGAUUUUGGAAUUUCCCAAAAACUAGCACCUGGAUCAAAGCUCACAACAGCUAUAGGGACCCUUUAUUAUAUGGCUCCUGAAGUUUUUUCAGGGACUUAUGAUGAAAAAUGUGACAUAUGAAGCUCAGGAGUCAUUUUAUACUUAAUGCUAUGUAAUUUUUAUUCAGCCGGACGACCACCAUUUAUAGGAAACACCGAAGUUGAAGUGUUAAAAAAAAUAAGAGCUGGGCAGCCUGAGAUGACAAAAGGAAUAUGGCCAAGUAUUUCUGAAGAUGCCAAAGAUUUGAUCCGGAAAAUGAUUUGUGUGGACUCAGCUUCAAGAUUUAGUGCUAGUGAUGUUUUGAAUCAUAGAUGGAUAAAGCAGCAUAUCAGUGGAGAAAUUGAAGACAAUCCAAUCAAUACUCAAGCAUUCGAACAGCUAAACAAGUUUAGAGUAAGUCUUAUAUAGUCUCAAUCCAAACUGGAAAAAUCAAUUCUUACUUUUAUUACUGCACAAGUAUCAACUCCUUCUGAAGAGUCAGAUUUAGUCAACCUUUUCAAGCAAUUAGACAAAAAUGGAGAUGGGAGAUUAAGCAUUAAAGAAAUUUCUGAUGGCUCUGCGAUCCUUGGGCUAGGCUCUCAGCUAGAUGUGAUGGAAAUUAUGAAGAACUGUGAUAGCGAUGGCAGCGGCUUUAUUGAUUAUACUGAAUUUUUGACUGCUGCAACAACUUGGAAUAAAGUCAUUCAGAAAGAAGAACUUCAGAGAGCUUUCAAAUUAUAUGAUGAAGGAGGAGAUGGGCAGCUCUCACUUAGUGAACUUAGAGAUUGUAUACCUGGAAUUGAAGAUUCAGAAUGGAGCAAGUUUCUUUCAGAAGCUGAUAAGGAUGGGAAUGGAGUCAUCAGUUUAGAAGAGUUUAAGCAAUAUCUUACCGAUAAGAUCUUGAAUGCUUAA